AUGUCCAAGCCAUUAGCCUUGAUCUUCCAAACGUCACUUCCUACCGGAUGCCUGCCCUCUGACUGGAAGUCCGCUACCAUCACUCCGCUUUUUAAGGGCGGAAGUCGUGCAUCUGCGAAUAACUACAGGCCAGUGAGUCUUACCUCCCUCUGUUGCAAAAUCAUGGAGAUAAUCAUUAAGAAGGCCUUGAUACAGUUACUCGAGCAGUACCACCUCCUUUCUGAUGCACAAAACGGCUUUCAAAGUGGUCGGUCCUGCCUCACGAAUCUGCUCUUUACGCUCGAACGCUGGACCAAAGCACGCGAUGAAGGCAAUGUGGUGCACGCCAACGACAUCGACUUCAAAAAGGCCUUCGACAGCGUUUCCCACCAACGUCUCUUGCACAAACUGCGCAAUGCUGGCAUUCGUAGACGCCUUCCUGUAUGGAUCCAGAGCUUUUUGGCUGGACGGUCCCAAAGAGUGCAGGUCGGGCGUCAACAGUCCUCGGAGGUUAGCGUGGUGAGUGUCGUCCCAUAG